AUGGAAAUUCAUUUGGGGCAUCAGGGAAAGCCUUGUCCAAUACUUGGUGAUAUUCACAAAUGGGAGGAUACCAACGAGCCGAUACAUCAACCGGAAGAGGACCUCCCUACCAUACUCAAACUUCCAUUCUUGAACGGCAAGCAAUGCAUUACUAUUGUUGACAAGUCCAGAGUACAUUCACUCAUGAUACGGUUUUGUCAAUGUCCAAAUGCUUGCACCGCCGACAAGCAAUUAUUUGAGAUGGGCAUGUUUCCGGCAUCGUUCACCCGACCGAAGACUGCCUUUACCUUUCCGGUGCUGGACGGUUUCGCCUUGGACAACUUGGAAUGCGGAACUUCGGCAAUGAAUUACUACAACAAGUUGAGAAGAAUGACGUCAAGUAUAUUUCCGCAUCUAGUCCUGGACCUUUACAGAGAAUUGAUGAGGGUAGCACAGCAAUGGCGACAGCUGAAGCUGUUGAAAUGGAAUGGGUUUGGUUAUGAGCGAAGAAGGCUGACAUCCGGUGAACUCGCUCUCUUUUGCCCGGCUUGCCCGCAGCCCAGCAUCAACUCCCCACUGCCAUCCGAUAGGAGUGCCGAUGAUCCCAGUUGGCUAUAUGCCCGAUUGCUGGUUAUGGACGGCAACUUCAAAGCAGAACACCUUCAUCCCACUCAUCCGGAAGACGAAGUCUGGUUGACUGAUGGCCAGUGCUUCAUGGUUUCCAAAGACCAAUAUAAGGCUCAUCUAGCGGUUGCCAACGACGUUGUUCAACCAUCCGAGUGCAACAAUCACCGAGCCGUAAACCAGGCCAAUGCUUCGCAACACAAACUAGAAGCUACCGGGAUAGGCGGUUGCGCAUGCGCCCGCCACGGCUGUUUUGUGCCUCAUUCCAUUGUGGAUUUUCAAAAGGGCGAAUGGCAAAUGAAUAUGGACUACGCCCUAUGUCACGCAUUAAGCCACCACACGGAUGGGCUCAGUCAAGCUUUCACAUUUUAUGACGUUAAUUGUCAGUAUAACAAGCACUUCCAGCAUCGGGUGAGCGAGAGCCUCUAUUUGAGCCUCCCUUCUGGUAUGGAGAUCAUACCGGGAAUUGGCCUCUGGCAUGUUCAUGGACACCAAGACAAAUGCUAUGUUCGGUACGCAUCAACAUUUAUCACCGGGGCCGCUAGGAUCGACGGAGAAAUCAUGGAGACGUUGUGGGCGCCUCUGAAUAUCAUAUCUCCUGCUGCGAGAGGGAUGUCGACCCCCCAUCAGCAAGAGUGUCUUGAUUACCAGAUGAAUGACUUUAAUUUUAUGAAGAUGAUUCGCGGUUUUCUUUGCCGGAAAUAUAAGGAAGCUAUUAAGGGCAUCACAGAAAGUGCCUCUGCUUUUGACAAGCUCAAUGACACCACCGAUCCUAUCAUGGUUGCAAAAUGGGAGGAACAGGACCGAUAUGCUCAUUCAUGUCGAGUCGCCGAUCCAUCGGCAAUGGAUGUGUUUGAAGUACAGUUAAAGAGGGCACCAACUCGGAAGCAACAGGAGCUAGCUUUACUGUCCUCCCGAGUAGGCCGAUUGGGUGGGAAUCUGCAACGAGGUGCUGCCACAUGGAUUGCAUCUGGCAUUACCAUAGAAGAGGUUCAGAUAGCACUCACUAUGGAUAUUAGGAAGCUCGGCAGACACCCCACAGAGACCCAAACCUUGGAUAUAUGCAGACGUCGGACAAAAUUGCAAAGCCGGAUAGAUGAAUUCACUAUUGUGGCGGCAAUUCAUCUCGGCGAGGGCUUUGAUGUUGAUGAUGACAUUAGAGAUCUCCACUUGGACUUCAUAGAUGACGAUUCAGAAGGUAAUGGAAUUGAUGGCAGUGAUACCGAAUCUGACCCGGAAGCCGAUGGACGUCAGCUGCGGGAUUCAUUCUACCCAGAGAAGAUCGUGAUACCUCUGCCAUCCAAUAUUGGCGUAGCACGCUGUGGGGAGCUGGGAGUUGAACACCUCAUUGGUCAGGAAAUUGCACUUCAGGAAGGUCAGGCCAACGAUGCCUUGCAAGCGAUCAGAAUGCAUCUAGCGGAUAAGGCUGUGCUCUUUCAUACCGCCGUGUGUCCAGCGAAAUCACAAGCCAAAUCAACAAGGGCAUGGACGCAGGUUCAUUCGGUCAAACAGGUCAUCCGACUCAACACAAUGAUUUAUAUGAAAUGUCGGGCACAACUCGGAAACCUGGAAGCUCAUGGCCUGCUUAAUAAGUACCUCCGGAUGGAAAAGAGCCAUCUCAAAACAACUGCUGCCAUGGCGGACCCAAAUGCCCGGGUCAGCAGUGAUUGGAUGAAUGAAUUUUACAGGGUUCAUUGGCUUCGCACGAAAGCAUUACGCGACCGAUGGGUGGAAGAACUCAUUCUGGUUGAACAUGAAAUGGGUUGGACCCUGGAGUUUUUUCUCUUCAAAGCAAGCAUGUGGUUAACAAGGCUCACAUCAAACAGCGAAGCACUACCGGAGGGACACAAGUGUUAUGCGAUUCGGCAGGCCCAUAUGUACCAAGAACUUGCCAAACACGCACAGGCAGGCUUUAUAAAGACAAAUCCAACCUUCCGGCCAAUUUCUUAA